AUGGCCUUUCUUCUGCUCGCGUUCUGCGUCCUCCCAAAGCCUGCAGCUGCGGUGGUGAGGUCAUUUCAUGGCGCCCCAGCCCACAACCCGUCCACCGUUUUCCACCUCGGCGACAUUGUGCCGCUCACCAUGUACGUGCGGAUGAAGCGGCAGAUUCGACACGCCUUCAUCUCCAUCGUCGACCAGCAGCUGGAGGUGGAUGAGGAAGCUGUGGUCGACGACGCCGAGACCACUGUUCAGGCUGUCGCAGCCGUGGAAAAGCUACGACUGAAUGACCUCGACCUGCCUUUUCUUGGUGGUACCAGGGGCAAGCACAAGGAUCAGGUUGUGCACCUGCUGCCACCAGCGUCUAGCCCGCGCUUUGGCAUCAACAAGGCAACGAGAAUCAUGGCAAACGACACCCUACGCGCGGCUGGCCGCAGCCUGCAGGAAGAUUUAACGCUGCAGCAGAGCGACUUGGCGUUCCGCUUCAGCGUUGGCAGGAGGCUGCAUAAGGAGUCGACAUGGUUGCCGCUGGCAGCCCGCAAGAAAUACACAAACCUACUCGACACUGUCCUUGCUGGUCGACUACAUGAGCUGCAAGCCGCGCAAGCUGCCGACGCCGCGGCAGGGCUUCAGCGCGACAAAGAGGUUGCUGAGGACAUGGGCGACACGGCCUCUGCGCUGCAGGUGCAGUACCUCUCCCGCGUUAUCUUCUUCUGUGGCUAUCGCAAAGAUGAGCUGAAGAUGACGUCGUUCUCCGUCACAGCGCACUAUUCGCCGGAGGUAAAGUCAAGUGUUGAACUGCGCUUCAUCUGGAACGAGCACCGCGCCUACAACCCAAACCGAGCAGUAACGCUGUGCAGUGCCGUGGCGGUUUUGGUGUCGAUGAUCGCCGUACUGGCAGUCUUCCACCCCUCUAGUCGGAGCAUGCUGCUGUUCAACCAGGGCAUUGUCGCUGUACGGGCACACGACUGA